AUGAACGAGGGUCUGCCACACCAACUCAACGUCCGGGAUCCGCUCAGCGCACACUUGUUCCAAUUUUCACCUUCCGUCCCUACCCCUUCACUGCCCAGGACUGACUGGAAAGGCACGAAUCUCUCGCCCGCUCUUCCCUUUCGGACCGGAAAUUAUGUAGCCUCUUCAGCCUCCUCUUCAGCCUCGUCCUCGUCUUCGGAGCUAUAUCGUCAUCCACUUCCUCUGAAUCUUUCUUCAAUACGCGAUGCCGAUCCUCCUACUAGCCUGACACCCUCGCAUUCAACUCGAUUGCCACCUCUAAGUUCUGAUGUUGAGCGGUGUUAUGAAGGUUUCCAGAACCAGAACUUGCCUAUACCCGAACGUCAGGAGAAUAUGCCCACACAAGCUGUGGGCACGCAGGCCACUUUUGGACUUGAUCAAAUGUGGGCAUUGCAACCCGGUCGCUCGCAAGCGACAACGCCGAGUCUAGGGGUUGAAGCUCCUUCGAUGGAACAGCUUUCGGGGAUACGUACAAAGAAACUGAGGAUUUCAGAUGGUGGAGGUCUCGACAUGUGUUUUCCAACUUCAGCACCGCAUGAUGGCAGUCUUCCCAGCUCAAUGACACCCUCCACAUCACCUGUUGAAUUGUCUAGAAAUCAUUACACCCACCGGCCAUCUUAUCCUGCAACAUUUUCUGCAAAUGAAGUCUCUCCACCGCAGGGACAGCGACUGAGCAGGAAUGACAACUGCGCUCGCACAUUUUCGAUGACAGUGGGCGACGGCUCCGCUUUGCGGGGCAGUCGAGCGCCCCCUCCGCCGGCCUUGAACGCGCAAGCUGGCUGGCAACAUCGUUCUACGCAUGCUCCUGAGUUCUCGCCAGUAUCUGCUAGCUAUCAUCCCUUUUCGCCGUUCGCUAGCGCGUUUUCUCGACCUGAGUCGACGGCUUCACCUCACACGGCACCACGGACUAGCGAGCUCUUUGACGCUUCCCAAUUGGCUCAUCAAUUGCCUUCCCAGCUCUCUCUUCGAAGCCCAGUGCAGGAUCGGGCCCAGCGGCACUCAUUCGAAUCCCACAGCGAGCUAUCCCCCAUUACUCCACACUCGUCUCACCCUUUUUCGUCCUCUGGAUUUGAUCAUUCAGGAACCAAGCAUGCUUAUACGCCAUCUUCGAUGGGACCGUGCCAAUCAUCAGAUCCCGCGACAUUACUCUAUGCGCUCUGCCGUCCUUCGGAUGUAGCGGGAAUCCAUGGCAACGUCGCCUCGUUCCUUGGAAGCUUAUCUGGUCCUGAGUGGCCUUCGCCCCCUAAAAGCGCCCCACCGUCGUGUGAUCAAUUUGGAAUCUCGCACAAUUUUUCGCUACAAGCUCAGUCACUUCGUCCCAUGGGUUUAACUAAGAAAGGCAAUCCUCGACUACCACGACAGCUCAUUAGUUGUGACUUCUGUCGGAUUCGCAAGCUUCGGUGUGACGGCAAACGUCCGUGUGCACACUGUUCACGACGCUCGAGAGAGUGCAAUUACCAACCCUCGGUACGUAAACGGGGGAAAGGCAAAAAGAAUAAAGAAAACGAGCUAGCAUCGUCUCUUCCUCGACAAAAAGCUGAGCUGAACCACACAAACGAUCAAGCUCAGCCGGCGGAAACGUCGAGUCCUUUCAGUGGCACGAGGAGCGGUGACUAGAAUUCCGGCAUGUGGUGCUUUCCCUUUUGACUUUGGAAGACCCACCAUUGCGAUUUUUUCUCUCGGUUUGAUACGUAGUUUGCAUUUCGUUCCUUCCUCUGGCUGCAUUAUCUUUUUUUGGAUCGUUUAUAGAGUUUUUUUGGAUCAUUCAUCUUUUUCUUGUCCGCUUGCUUUAUCCUUCGUUCACAUCUUUUUUUGCUCGUUUUUCUUUCUCUUCUGGAACUCCAUAGUCUUCUCGAGUCAAGUUCGUUAGCCCAAUUGGGCUAUACCUUUUCACUGCGGUUCACAGAUGAUUAUUUUCACAGAUGAUGUUCUUUCCAGAGGAAAAUGUAAAUGGAAAUGCUUUGUACAAAACUCGACACCUAACAUAGUCUUUUUGCAUUAAGUAUCUUUUGGAAGUAACUGUAAAAUCUGUUCUAGUAUUAUGCAUUUCUCUUGCUUGUUUUGUUUGAUAAUUGGAGGUUUUUGUGCCUGGCGCCCACUGCUCCCUUCUUGUCCUUUACACGGUGACUCGUUAGAUUUUAGUUUGCGGAAAAUGUAUAUAAACAUGUUGAAGAUCAUUCUUCCAACCGGAAAAUCAAUUUUGAGGCUACCUACC